AUGGGCGCCUGUGCCUCGUGCCUGGGCCUUAGUCGCCGGGAAAAUAACGAUUUGGAAUCUUCACGAUUACUAGACGAUGAUAUCUACCAGGCUGGCUAUGGCUACGGAGCUCUCAACCAUGCGAAUCAGCUAAACCACCCUGAUCCGGAGAACAUCAAGCGGGAACGGGAAGCCCUCGAAGCUAUCUGCCAACGGACAUCGGACUCCGUCAUCGACAUCUGGUCUCUCCAGCCCCAACCUCACCUGCAGCCCCAAGCAACCCUUCAUAAUUCCAUUUCGCCGACAACAUCAGACGCCGGUGAUGCCCCGGUCAAAAUCACCACCACCGUUCCACCAGAGAACGGCCAACCGGCCCCGAACAAGGGAGGCGCUGUUCCCAAACACUGGGGUGAAGUCGUCAUCAAUCCGCGCAAAGGCAAAACCUCACGGCCUGAAUCAGGCGCCGCAGAAGAAAACGGUCGACGAGAUGUCUUUGGUGUUUUGAAUGUUGCUUAA